AUGUACAACACCAAAGAGGAGACGGGCCCGUACACGCCGGAGGACACGCCCUAUGGAAUCAAGGCCGCCUCCAUGACCUUGUCGGUCUUUACCAUCACCCUCACUGCCGUCUGCAUUGAUCGCUUUAUCCGGAGCGUGAGGGCCUGGAAAGAGCUGCCCAUUGCCCAAUGGGUCCUGCUGCUGUUCUACUGUCUUUCCUUCCUGUUCAGCUCCGUGUCGGCCAUCCUGAAGAACCUGGAGCCGAACACAUCGCGCACCCUCUGCGACGCAUCAAUCCUCGUCUGCCUGCUAUUCUACCUUAGCGCAAAGAUCCUCCAAUACCACUACCUGGUCGAGCGAGCACAUAUUGUUCGUUCCGACCGCACUCCGCGAAGCAAAGACAAGAUUUAUCUAUGCAACUGCCUUUUUCUCAUUGUUCCGUACAUUGGAUUAGUCUGCCUGAACUUCUACUGGCGUUUGGGAUACAUCAACACCAAAGGCGUUUGCAUCAAUGGCCUGGAGAUGCAGGGCAUCAUUCCACUUCUGGCCUUCGAGAUUCUCAUCAACAUCUACAUGACCCUCCUCUACAUCUACCCCUUCCGUCGCGUUCUGUUUAAGAAGCAACCCCUCGGCCCCAACAGCAUCCUGCAGGCCAUGGCCUACCGCACCUCCAUCGCCACCUGUCUCAUGAUCUUGAUCACCGUCGGCAACUUGAUUGGUCUUUUGGUUCUGCAUGGCGAGCCUGUCUGGCUUUGUUUCAUGUGUUGCUCGGGCGACGUUGCCAUCUGCGUGUUAUUAUUACACUGGGUCACCAAAAACGACCGCGAGCGUCGAGGAUUCGCCUUUUCAGAGGAGCUGAACCAGGGUCUCAAACUGCGACCCACGCAAUACGACGACGCCGUCAUCGACGCCUUCUGCCGCGCGACGGCCAUGGGCGAACCGCAAGCACCAGGCGAGAUUCGCGUCAAGAAAGAACUCAAAUUCGCCGUCAACGGGCAGACGGUGCACAUCACAACGACCCGCGGCGAGGAGGACGACGACGUCACGACCGAGCCGAUCAAGGGCGGGCGCCUGUCGCGGCACGGGAGCGAGGACAGCAUGAUCGAGAUGGAGCGCGGGGAAGGGCGGUUCAGGAGACGGGAGAGCCAGGACCAAUUAAGCAUAGGGUUGAGCGACGACAGUGUGGGGAAGGGGAGACAUUACCAGCAGCAUACCCAUUCGACAUUAUAG